AGAUGCGCCAUUCCUGACGCGCUCGUAGUAACCAGCAUACGAGCAAGACUCUGUGGCGCGUCAAUGCGCUUCUCAGUGAUAUGCUCGCGCCAUGUGGCGCGAAGAUCACUGCUCGCAAUGGAGGAGACGAUUGCUUCCCGGAAAGGUGCUCGCGGUCAUCCCGCAGAAGCGUAGACCUUCAGCUCAUCCACAGAGGGUUUAUACGAUAAUCUGUUGCGAUGUCGCACGUCAAUCUCCUGGACUGGUCGCUGGUGGCUGGAUAUGGGUAAUCCGUUGUGGGAUCCCAGGCGCCUGUUGCCUUUUGCUGCUGAUGGAUUUUGGAGAGUCAUAUCCCGCCCUAUUCUGACCACGAUAUACAGGACACCGUUUGGAAAACAUUCCCGAGACGAUCAACUUUCCUG